UCCUAACCUGUGCACAAUUACGAUCUAUACACAAUGGAAUCAAAAAAGUGUUUGCAACUAAUAAGCUUGAUGAAAAAAGCCUAUAAAUUAUUAAAAAAUGCAUCCGGUGAUCAAGUAGAUAAAUGGAUGAAAUAUGGAACUCGUAAUAUCAAAUUAUUAAAUAAAAUAUUGAAAAAUUGUGAUCUAUCGAGUGGUGAAAAAACGAAAAUUCAAACAACUAUAUCAUUGCUCAUAUCAUUGCGUGAAAAAUUCAAGAAUGAUCAGAGACGUGGUGGAAAUAUUGGCGCGCGUGAAAAAACGACUGAUCGUAUUCGCUGGGUAGAUCUCGAAACAGCUUUUAACAGUCGUAUCCGAACCGGUGCAGUGGUGAAUCUCCUUCACAAGGAUCUGAGAUCAUUCCUGUAUGAUGCAAAAGUAUCCACAGUUAAAAGAUUAGCAAAUUUAAUACAAAAAGUGGGAAAUCUGAAAGUGAACGUUGUAUUGGCGUGUGAAUUUUCUACAAUGAAAAAUGGUGAAAUAAUCGAAGAGAAGAAAUUUUUCAAUACGAGAAAUGAAGCAAUCCUCGCCGCUACAGACAUUAAAAGAUGGUUCGAUGAAAAUGUAACGGAUCAGCUGUUGACGAAAAUUGAGGAAUUUCAAGAACGUGAUUCCGGUUGGUCGUUGCGUGAAAUCAUAAACCUCGUAGUCAAUAUCAAUCAGUACUCACCGUUGCGUGGAGCUUUGUCAACAUUUGUUACGUUGCCUCACGACAUACAGAAGAAGAAGGCUGUCGUAAAUAUAAAAAACGAUGAUGAAUUUUGUUUUCUGUGGGCUGUGACAGCAGCCCUUCAUCCAAUGCAUAAGAAUGUAGAUAAACUUAGUUCAUACUCCCAAUAUUUAUCAGAGCUUAAGCAUGACGGUAUAAACUUUCCAAUUACUUUAAACAGUAUUCCUAAAUUUGAAAAAAUGAAUAAUUUGACAAUCAACGUAUAUGGUAUUGAAAAAUGCAAACAAAAAAGUGAAAUUGUACCGUUAUACUUGAGCAAAAAUAAAUCGGAAAAACCAACGAUUCACCUUCUCAUGGUGGCGAGUAAUAUUGGUAUGGAAGUGGAUGAUGAGAACAAUUUCCAACCAAUUUAUCACUUUGCUUGGAUUCGUAAUUUGUCGCGUCUACUGAGUUCACAGGUAACAAAUUAUAAUCAACACACAUGGUUCUGUGAUAACUGCUUGAAUCACUUCAAACUGCAAAGUUCUUUUGAAAAUCAUAAACGCGAUUGCUUGAGUCUAAAUAAGGCGAAAAUGGUGUUACCGGACGAAGAAAACAAAAUAUUGAAAUUCAAAAAUUAUCGGUACAAAGAAUCAGUACCAUUCGUUGUGUAUGCCGAUCUCGAGAGUAUUCUCGAAUCAACUGGAAAUGAUAUACAGUGUCAAAAGCAUGUCCCACACAGUGUAGCGUAUUAUUUACAAUGUGCCUUUGACGAGACGCUCUCAAAUUUUGCAAUAAAACGUGGAUCUGAUUGUAUCGAGUGGUUCAUCGAUCAAUUAUUGUUAAUAGCGCAAAUGGUUGAUUCUCGCGUGAAUAAUAUCUUGCCUAUGAAACCGCUCACAACCGACGAAAAAAUAGCGUAUAAAAAUGCUGAAAUGUGUCAUAUCUGUGAGCAGCCAUUCACUCACACUGAUGUGAAGCACCGUGAUCAUUGUCAUUUUACUGGUAAGUAUCGCGGUGCUGCGCAUCAAGGGUGUAAUUUGAACUAUACCAAGUCCCACACCAUUCCAAUAGUUUUUCACAAUCUCUCCGGCUACGACUCACAUUUUCUCAUUAAAUCUCUGGCUACACGAUUCGAUGGUACGGUUAAACUUCUUCCAAUUAAUAAAGAUAGAUAUAUUUCUUUCACAAAAUACGUCUCAGGCACAAAUGUAAAUUUACGCUUCAUCGAUUCAUUCAGGUUCAUGCCAAGCAGUCUUGACAAAUUGUCAUCUUACCUGAAUGACCAUGAUAAAUCGAUUACCCGAAAACACUGUAAUAGUGUGGAGGAGUUCAAAAUGCUCUCAAGAAAGGGAGUAUUUCCUUAUGAAUACAUUGAUUCUUGGGAAAAACUCGAUGAAAAGCAGUUGCCAUCAAAAGAGCAUUUUUAUUCAAAACUCAACAACGAGGAAAUCUCCGACCAAGACUACGAUCAUGCAAUGAAAGUUUGGAAUGCGUUCAAAAUCACCUCAUUAGCUGAAUAUUCGGAUUUAUAUUUGAAAACUGAUGUACUGCUUUUGGCUGACAUAUUUGAAAAUUUUCGACGCAACUGCUUUUCUACUUACAAAUUGGACCCUCUGCAUUAUUUCACGGCUCCGGGACUUGCUUUUGAUGCGAUGCUCAAGUGUACCGGAGUGGAGCUUGAGCUUCUCACUGAUGUUGAGAAAAUUUUGUUUAUCGAGAGUGGUCUUCGCGGUGGAGUAGCACAGUGCUCGAACCGAUAUGCUCAAGCAAACAAUAGAUACAUGAAUGAAAAAUUCGAUCCAAGCAAAGAGGAAACAUAUCUCAUGUACUUUGACGUGAAUAAUCUGUACGGUGGAGCUAUGAGUCUGUUUUUACCCUAUGAUGGUUUCGAAUGGAUAUCGCAUAUAGAUAUAUUCAACGUUCCAGAUGAUUCGCCUAUUGGUUACAUACUCGAAGUAGACUUGGAAUACCCUGAAGAACUUUUCGAGCUACAUAAAGAUCUCCCACUUUGUCCGGAACAUUACACACCACCCAAUAAAUUCUAA